AAGCUGCAGGUGCCAAAAUAAGAAAUAGAUUAAAUUAUUUCAAAGAAACCAUUGUCUAUAAUAUGAAGGCAAUUCUUCCGCAGGAACGAAGCUCUUAUUCGGAACUUUUAAUUGAAAUGUUAUCUGAUAAGGAAAAUCUCAACAAUAUUAAAGAUUAUGUAAAAAAUUUAAAAGUUUUUCCAAAUGAGAAUUAUGAACUUUAUGUUGCAAGAGAUUUAAAUGAUCGAGAUCAUCCACUACUUAAACUUGUUUAUAGUUAUUCCAAUCGAUUUCUUCCAAAAUGCAUUCAAGAAAAUCAACAAUGCUUAAAAGUGCUUGAACAAAUAGGAUUUGUAAGAAACGUUACACCAGAUAUAUUUAUCAAAUGUGCCAAACAUAUUCAAGAAUUGCAUAAGAAUCGAGAGGAUGAUAUGAUUGAAAUAGACAAUCUUAGGCAUUUAGCAAGCGACGUUCUUUACCAUUUUUAUAGAAACCAAUCUACAUUAAAAUUUUCUGAAGAUGAAUUGGAAGAGCUAUCAAAAAUCAAAUUUGUUCCCUUCUCAAAGAGCUUUUUAAAAUAUCCAUACACUUAUAGUAGUAAUAUGAAU